UAGCACACAUCACACAGAUUGUCCUUCCCGGGCCAGUUGCGCCAAAAGGGACGGACCCGCUGUGCAUGCCAGCGCCCUAGGGAGCUCUGCACCCCACCCGAAGAGUGCGCUCGGCUCUGCCAAGGACGCGGGGCGCGUGACUCAGCGAAGGCCGGUUCAACCGCUUACUGUGUGCAAACUCUGCGCACGGUCCGGUCCCACGACUAUAAAGAAAGCAGGCCGCCCGCUAGGCGUCAGCAGGACUUCCAGCAGCCUGACCGCCUCCUAGUCACUUGCUCCACAGCUCCAGCUUCACCAGCUCAGAAUGGACCCCAACUGCUCCUGCUCCACAGGCAACUCCUGCACCUGCUCCAGCUCCUGUGGCUGCAAAGACUGCAAGUGCACCUCCUGCAAGAAGAGCUGCUGCUCCUGCUGCCCCGUGGGCUGCUCCAAGUGUGCCCAGGGCUGUGUCUGCAAAGGGGCCUCUGACAAGUGCACGUGCUGUGCCUGAUGGGAGGACAGUGCGGCUCCCACGUGCAAACAGUGUGGACCAACCCGGAGAUUCUCAGACAGCUCUACACUGAUAACUAAACCUCCUUUUUCUGUGAAAUAUGUGAAUAAAAUCCAAUUUGAUUUGA